CACGACAGAAAAGAAUCGAGAAAGUCUUCUGUAUAACCAAAUCGUAAAGAAACCCUGUGUCUCGUUCCUUCGAGGUUAUAUCUUCUUAGAUAAUCGUAUUCUACAUCGCAUUCCGAGAUAAAAUUACGAUUCUUUAAUAUCUAUCACGAUUCUGGAUCAGGAGUAUUCUCAUUAAUUGCGGUCAGCAGUACACUGCGUUUGCGACGUGAAAAUAAAGUAACCCCCUUUUAUCGAUGUAGCUGCCAUUAAAACGAUUGCAACGCGUACCAAUCUAAUUCCGUUAAAACGCUUCUGCUACGUGUUUUCCCCGGCUUAAUCUCGUAACCAUGACUUCGCGUCUCCCUUGCAAAGCUUGGCUAUUGAGAAUCUUUCUCUCGAACGAAUGGUAAUUUGUAGAAAAAGACGAUGACGUGUCCAUAAACAAGGAAAAAUCAACGUUUAGGACAUUUUAUCGAUGACUAUAAUCCGAUUAAUGGGAUAAAUUCGUCGAGUCGUUGCAGGAAAAUAUGUUCCAUAAAUCUGAAGUAAAAUCAGCGACAGGGAUCUCCGAGCAUCGUCGAAAGAAAUCCACCAUGUCGAAUAACCUGUCUCAAGGAAGGAAGCAAAAGUCCAACUUCUCGAAAAGCUCGACCAAUGCCGCAGACAAGGAAUUAGCGAAGAACAACAAAGCUGCUAAAGAUACUAGAUUAACCACGAACCUUCCUGACGAUGCUGCGGUGCACUUUGGAAACUUUUAUGGUAUCCAAAAAAAAUCGAACAAACCACGAGCUGGCAGAGUGAGAAGUCUUUUGGAUUCUACCAGUCCAUCAUCCACUAGCUAUAAACCAACGCCGAGACUAGAAUUCACCAGGCAGAUGGUUCAAAAACUGGAACGAACAGCUGGUACGAAGGAAUACGCGCGACAAGUGUCAGCCUUAUUGGAGGAGACAGUCGAACCGGCGCAUUUCAAGCUGCAUUCAUUGCCGACCGAGAAUUCGAUUCCGGAUGGAAGAUACAAUCCCACGGGAUUCCCGCUCUGGUACAAGGAACCUUAUAAAAUGCCAUUCGCCUCGGACGAGGUUUACAAACUUCUCAAGGAGAGGUUGGAUAACGCCGAGGAAGGGAAGGCGAGAGAUAUUUUCAAAGAGGAUUCUUCUGAGAGAAGUUCAUUGGAAGAAUGGAGCGAAGACGAAGAAGCAGGGUAUGGAGAAAAUUUCCAAGACGAUGGAGCGAUAAGCAUUCUAACGAGAGAAAGAUCUUCGAUGAAUUUACUGUCUAAUGGAUCGUCUUCUGUAACAGAAGCGAAAGACACGGACUCCAAGGAAAGCAAUCAAAUACUUCUCGAUAAGAAACCAAGCAAAUUAGUCUCGUUCCAACAACGCUGAACUGUAAAGUGGUGUUGCUCGUGAGUACGUGAAAAAUAAAAAGAAAUUCUGAAUAUAAAUAGAAA